UAUAAUUUGUCAAUACUACUUUGUUGCUGCCUUUUUUUAAAUAAAUAGCUGUUAGUGUAAGAAAUGGAGGGCUUUUAACCCACCGAACCGACUCUUAAACUUUUUCGGACGGGUUUACUAGACUUUAACGUUCACACCUUGAGGAGACUCUUCACCUCGGUACGUCAGUUUUGAGAGCUAACCUUUGAAAGCUGAGGUGUUGGAUAUGUGUUUUGGAUAGUGUUGGUGAUAUCACGUGUAGUUUUUAGAGCAGUGCCAAAUGCUGAGGGAUGGACCAUGUAGGAGGGAACAUGGUUCUUAAUGAAGACCAGCAGGUGUCGAGGAGCAACGCGGCGACUGCAGCUCUCAAACAGUGCCAACUUCUCCAAAACAUCAUCGAUAUCUCCAUCUCCAACUUACAGGGGCUCCGAACAAAGUGCGCCGCCACUAACGACCUCACCCAGCAAGAGAUCCGCACACUGGAGGAAAAACUGAUAAAGUACAUCAGCAAACAGCUGCACUGUAAGCAGCAAGUUCCAGUGUGUGAGAGAUCGAAGACCCUAGACUCGUUCCCACAUCUGGCGGACUGGCUCCAUGCAGUCAAUGUCAGACCUGAUCUCAUAGAGACAGUCCCAGAGAAUCUGACUCUAGAUGCAUUGCUGCAGAUGUCAAGUUCCCAGUUGCAGAAGAACAUGAGAAAACUGGGCUCCAGUACUGAUGAGUGCUCCCGCAUCACUGCUGCCCUCUCCUGUCUGAAAAGCGCCACUGCAACAGGGCGGGAACUGAAAGACAACGGCAUCCCCUGGAUUGUAGAACCAGGAUGUGACCUUAAUUCUUCGUUCUCCGGCUCCCUUCAAAGCCCACGACCCCAAAGCCCAAACCCAGCGGUCCGGGUCCCGACAGUUCCAUCAGUGCAUGCCACUCAGCGUUCUAUCUCUGUUUCUGCAGUGCCCUCACUGGACUUUCCAAGUGGGCCCUACAUAACUAACGGACUAAGUGACCCUUUCUUCUACUCGCCCCAGCUUACACGACGCAACCUGGGCAAGGUGCCUUCCCCACCUCUUACCCCACCUCUAAUUAGGAGUACUCUCCUAAAGCCCCCCCAAACUCCGCCACCACCCUCGAAGCUGCGCCAACUUCUCCCCCGCCUUCCUCGCAGCAAGAGCCACACACAGCUGGCCAACCGCAUAGAUGAGCCCACACAGAACAAGAAUGGAAAAAAGAAGAAGGUACCUGCACAUGUGGGGAACGGCUAUGAGGACUUGCCCUCACGCUCACCACUGCUCUCUGCCCGCUCCCCACACACUAUUCCAAACUCCUACAUUCUCCUGGAAAGUCUGGGAAUGAAAGCAGAUGCAAGAAACUCUCCACAGACCAUGCGGAGGGAUUUUGGUCUUACCAUUACACACAGGUUUUCUACCAAGUCAUGGUUUUCUCAGAUGUGUGCGGUGUGUCGGAAGAACAUGGUAUUCGGUGUGAAGUGCAAAAACUGCAAGUUAAAGUGCCACAACAAAUGUACUAAAGAAGCACCUCAGUGCUUCUUGUCAGUUCCGAAAAUCAGAAGAACAGAGUCUGUACCGUCAGACAUCAAUAACCAAGUGGAACGACAGCCACCAGCAACUUUUUCUGGCACGUUACCAAAGAACAUAAAGGUCCUGCCUCCACCUGUCAGUCAACCAGACUCCAGCAGUAACCCCUCGUCCACUACCUCCUCCACACCCUCCUCACCUGCCAGUGAUGGCCGCUUUAACUUCCCAGACAUAUCAAGUUCCCUGCGUCAAGAUGACUUAGGAGAGACAGAAGAAGUGGCUAAUGAGAUGAAUUUGCAGACAGUGAAGCAGGAGGAAGUUGUGAACGACGAAGUAGAUGGUGACGAAGAUCAGCAGGAGGAUGAAAAGCAAGAGGGUCCUGGCUCUGAUGGAGAUUGUGAAGAAGACGACGAGCUGGAUGACCUGCCUCCCAGGAGGCGCUCGAAAGACCCGAUUUCGCGCAAAGUCAGUCAGACCAGCGUGUACCUGCAGGAGUGGGAUGUGCCCUUCGAGCAGCUUGAGCUGGGGGAGCUCAUUGGUAAAGGUCGCUGGGGGAAGGUGUACCGGGGCCGCUGGCACGGUGAGGUGGCAGUGCGACGCCUGGAAAUAGAUGGAACUAAUCAGGGCCACCUGAAGCUCUUUAAGAAGGAAGUCAUGAACUACAGACAGACUAGGCACGAGAACGUGGUGCUGUUUAUGGGAGCCUGCAUGAACCCACCUCAGCUGGCUAUCAUUACGAGUUUUUGCAAGGGUCGGACGCUGUACUCCGUUGUUAGAGAUUCUAAAAGCUCACUCGACAACAACAAGAUCAGGCAAAUUGCUCAAGAAAUCGUAAAGGGAAUGGGCUAUCUUCAUGCCAAGGAUAUUGUGCACAAGGAUUUAAAAUCUAAAAACAUCUUUUAUGACUCAAACAAAGUGGUGAUCACAGACUUCGGUCUGUUUGGCAUGUCAGGAGUGGUGCAAGAGGAUCGUCGAGAAAAUGAGCUGAAGCUUCCUCAGGGCUGGAUCUACUACCUAGCUCCUGAGAUUGUGCAGAAGAUGUGCCCUGGCAAUGAAGACCAGUUACCUUUUUCCAAAGAUGCUGACGUUUAUGCCUUCGGCACUAUCUGGUAUGAGCUGCAGGCACGAGACUGGCCGAUUAAAAACCAGCCCGCCGAGGCUGCUAUCUGGCUACUAGGCAGUGGAGAAGGCAUCAAGCAGCAGCUAGCCCAGAUCAGCUUGGGCAAGGAGGUCACGGACAUCUUGUCUGCGUGCUGGUCGUUUGAGCCAAGGGACAGACCCUCAUUUUCUGUGCUAGCUGACCUGCUAGAGAAGCUUCCCAAACUGAACCGCAGACUCUCUCACCCUGGACAUUUCUGGAAGUCUGCUGAGUAUGUAUCAUAGAGUUGUGGGUUUGCAUGCUGGACUCCUGCACUGCCACACUGCACAGAAUGAGAUGGAGAGAGAGAACUCAUUUCCACAGUGAAAUGAGUCUAUCUGUUCAGCCUAGCGAGUUGCCUGAGCCUUUUUGUAGUGUGUUAAGUAUCUGAUUUAUAGUUUUACAUUUUUAUGUGUGCUGUCAAUCUGUUUAACA